CCAGCUGGUUGUUGUUGUUAUUGUAGCAGCAUACAAAUUCCCCAAAGACUUUUUGGGGAGUGUUGCUGGAGUGACAGUCCUUGGCCAAAUAUAAAUCUGGGUCGUUCCGGUUACAUAGACCCGACUGUCGUGGGAACGUUGCCAGCUGGUAUCCGACCGUGGUUGCGUUGCUAUUCGCAAUCGACCCAGCAAAUUGUAAGGGACAUGUUUGCUUUUAAAUGGGGAUCUGUUCUAAACAGCUGAUUAUUGUUUACAUUAUUGUUUUUGACUCACUAUAUUUGACGGAAAAUGCUAAGGACGCAAUUUUUCCAUUUUUGCAAGCCACCCAACUGACUACAAAACAGAAGGAGCUGAUGGCACGUGGCCUGCCAAAACGAACUCCUCUUCCUGGAGUAGCGAACAUUUUGGUAGUUGCUUCAGGGAAAGGGGGUGUAGGUAAAUCAACUGUAGCCGUAAAUCUUGCUGUUAGCCUUGCAAACAAGGGAAAACGCGUUGGAUUAUUGGAUGCAGAUAUUUUCGGACCGUCCGUUCCUCUGAUGAUGAAUAUUCAUGAAGAGCCUUUGAUUGAUGAACAAAAUUUAAUGAUACCACCUAUCAAUUAUGGUGUUAAAUGUCUAUCCAUGGGACUGCUCGCCAGACAAUCUGAUGCAAUAAUUUGGCGUGGCCCACUAGUAAUGUCAGCAGUUCAACGACUAUUGAAAGGAGCAGUGUGGGCACCAAUUGAUAUACUCAUUGUAGACACGCCACCUGGCACUGGAGAUGUGCAUCUAUCGCUUUCUCAAAAUGUUCCUAUUACAGGUGUCCUGCUGGUUAGCACUCCGCAGAAGGCCGCGCUAGAAGUUACACUCCGUGGCGCAGAAAUGUAUCGAAAACUGGGAGUUCCGAUUAUUGGCUUAACAGAAAAUAUGGGCCAUGCCAUUUGCGGGAAUUGUCAAACACGUUUGGAAAUUUUUAAAAAUACAACAGAACAUUUCACAAAAAAAAUAGGCACGAAGAUAUUGGCUUCCAUUCCAUUGGAUGGAAAUAUUACCGAGUGCUGUGAUGAGGGUGUACCCCCUGUGAUCAAAUAUUCCGGGACUGAAUACGCCAAAAGCUAUCAACAGUUAGCUGAAUAUAUCAUUCGGACACUGGAAAUAAGUGGACCAGACAAACAGGAAGCGAAAUAAUAUGCCUAUGUACAAAAUGUUUACUUUUAUUUAUUUACAUAAUUAUUUCUACUUAAUUAAAAAAAUUAAACUCAUAAGCAUAACCUA